AUGGCCAUGGUUGAGUGGCCACGGUCCGGGUGGGCCUCGUAUCAUAGCCCCCACACCAACAGCUGCCAGGACCUGGGCAACUCCAUCCUGUUUCUGCUCGGCCUCAUCAUCUGCAUUAACAUUGGCAUCAACAUGGUGACGCUGCUCUGGCACAAACUCCGUGGCUUUUUACACCACAUGUUCUGCCAUAUCGUCUGUGAGAAAGAAGCUUCUAAGUCAUCCUCACCUGGGAGGAAGACGCAGCCCCGGAAGCAGAACUCCCCUGCAGUCCACCUUCGAUGCACCAUGGACCCUGUGAAAAUGACCAUCACCCCCCCACCCACUCGCCGUCAUCGUCAUCGUCAUCGCCAUCGACGCUCAUCAGCGCACCAUGCCCACUACCCAGUAGCGUGGGCCCCUGACGCUGAUGACAAGGGGAGGCUCCCUCAUCAGCACCCAGCAAACUGCUCUCACAACUGGGAUCACCCCACGGACUGGGAAGGCUUUCAAUCCAACCAGGGCUUCUGGGCUCCCUGGGCCCAGGAUGCUGUGGUGCCACCUCCCCAGACCAUCCGCUUCCAGCAGACCAGAGAGGGAAGGCCCCUCAGAAGAGAGAUGCUGUCAGAGCUGGGCCUAGAGGCUUAUGUGUACCCUGUGAACCCUCCGCCCCCUAGCCCACAGGUCCUGAGCCACAAGAACAGUGGAGGGGGCAUGGGGGCUGAAGGAGAGCAGCAGCAGUGCUCACCAGCUCCACCAGCUCCACCGCUCUUCCGGGGCCCAGCAAACGUCCCAGAUAUCACCCGGCGUCGCUCCUCAGGCCGCAUAGUGUAUGAUGCCCGUGAGGUGAGGCGGCGGCUCCGGGAGCUGACCCAGGAGGUAGAGGCCCUGUCCCACCGUUACCCCCUGGUCUCGGGAUCCAGCGCUGCUGAGCGGGCAGGCAAGAACUGGGUAUACCGUCCCCUGACAGAGAGGUGACUGGGAGAAUAAAAAAAAAGAGGAGGUGGUUUGUGGUAGUGUGUGUUUGUGGGGGUGCCACACAGCACCCAGAAGCCCUGGUUGCCCAGGGAAUGAUCUCCCUGGCAACAGAGAGCCAGGGAGAGAGAGGCCUGAGGGUCCUCAUCAACCUCUUAGCCUCACCCUCACUAUCAACCCUGUCCUCAGCCCAUUCCCAGGCCCUUCUAGGUUCCAAGGUUCCCAUCAGCCUCUACCCUGUUUCCUUUAGUGCCCAGAGAGGCCCCCGCCUCCACCACCAAACCUGUCCCAGGUCAGUAGGCAGUCCUGCACUAGAGGCAAUACCCUCA